CACAUCAUAACUUCUCUCCCUCCAUCCCCCCCCCCUCUCUCUCUCUCUCUGGAUUUUAUUUACAAAAACACCAUCCAUCUCUCCAGAAAAUCUCUUUAAAACCCUAGUCCUUUCUCUCUCUUUCACUCUCUCUCUGUCUGCAAUGGAGGUGGAGACAGCGUCUCCGUCGAUCUUCGAUCUCCCGUCCAACGCGCCGUACCAGUGCACCUCGAAUCUUGACGUCUCUCCCAAAUGCGAUCGCUGCGAUUCGCCGGCAGCGGCAGCGGUAACGGUACAGAAGGUUUACAGGAGCUAUCGCACCCGGCGCAGGUUAGCGGACUCCGCUGUCGUCGCCGAGGAGCUCUGGUGGCAAGCCAUCGAUUUUGUUCGAUUGAAUCAGAGCACAAUCUCGUUCUUUGAUUAUCUGAAGCCGGAAUCUCCACAUUCCCGAUGGAAUCGAGUUAGCUUGAAUGCAUCCAAGGUUGGAAAGGGCUUAUCGAAAGAUGAGAAGGCGAAGGAGUUAGCUUUCCAGCAUUGGAUUGAAGCUAUCGAUCCCCGUCAUCGGUAUGGACAUAACUUGCAUUUCUACUACGAGGAAUGGUGCAAGUGUGAUGCUGGUCAGCCAUUCUUUUACUGGCUGGACAUUGGAGAUGGCAAAGAUGUGGAUCUCAAGGUAUGCCCAAGACCAAAGCUUCGACAACAGUGCAUCAAAUAUCUUGGUCCUCAAGAGAGAGAGCACUACGAGUACAUACCAAUAGAGGGAAAAAUUGUGCACAAGCAGACGGGUGAGUUAGUCGAUACGACUGAAGGAUCUAGAGACGGCAAAUGGAUUUUUGUCAUGAGCACCUCUAAAAAACUGUACGCUGGCAAGAAAAAGAAAGGGACGUUUCAUCAUUCCAGCUUCCUUGCCGGCGGUGCUACUUUAGCAGCUGGAAGAUUCAUUGCAGAAAAUGGGGUGCUUAAGUGUAUCUGGGCAUACAGUGGACAUUACCGUCCGACUGAGGAGAAUCUCAAAAGCUUCUUAGCCGCCCUCGAAGAAAGCGGAGUCAACCUCAAUGAAGUUAAGAUAAGCUCGUCAUCUAAUGAAGACUACUAUGAAGAUGGCAAAGGAUCUCAAGAGGAAAAGACAAACUCAGUCCCAUUGGAUCCCGAACCACCCCAAAACAAAACUGUCAGUGGAAUGGCGAUAGAGGCUACUUCGGAACGAACCGAAGCUCCUUCUAAAACCGAGACCUACUACCAAAGGACUCUAUCCGGCGGUCUUCAAAGCCCAAGAGCAGAAGUGCCUCAGAAAGCAGUACUGGAGAGGAUCAAUUCCAAGAAAGCGACAAGCUCAUACCAGUUAGGCCAUCAGCUGUCCUCAAAAUGGUCCACAGGAGCUGGCCCCAGAAUUGGAUGCGUCAAGGACUAUCCUCUGGAAGUGAGAGUGCAAGCCUUGGAGUUUGUCCAGCUCUCACCGAGGGUCCCACCCACACCUUCAGCUUACCGGAGGCCCGUCACUAUUCUGAGUCCCCUUUCGAUGCCACCAUUUUCAUGUGGCCGCACACCUGACCUCCCUAAUGCAGGUGGGACCCCUGACGUCUAGGUGAACAUCUUUAGACCAUCUGACAUGAUAUGCAGAUAAGCCAUCAUGGGGAUGCUCUUCCCUGCAGUGUAAAAUCCUUUUGUUCUCUUUUCAUGCAUCUUCUUCACCUUUAUGAAUAUGAUAUCACUCACUUUGUUUUCAGCGAAUCAAUCAAUGAGAAGUUCUAGCUGUUAGAAUA